AUGAAGGAAGAGAACGAGCAGAACAUGCAGAUCGUGACGUUCAAACUGGAGCAGAUCGCGUCGAUGCAGGAAACGACGCAGCAGAUGGAGGAGAAGAUCGAGGAGCUGUCGACGGAGCUGGAGAAGGAGAAGGCGGAGCGCAAGGAGGAGAGCAAGCAGCAUUUGGAGAAGAUUAAAGACUUGACGGCGAAGUGCAAAUUGCUGAAGGCGAAGAACGAAAAAAUGAAAGCCGCAGCAGGCGCAGCGCCUGCAGCCGCGCCCGCAAAGGAAAAACCGAAGAAGCUGUCGCUGUUCGGAAGGAGAGGAGCUGCAGCGGCGACGCCAAAAUCGGAGAGUGAAAGUGAGGAUAGUGAGGAGGAGGCUUUGUGGAUUGUUUGUUUGCCACAUUUCAGAGUCGCUCGGAAUUUAGGAAUGGGAGGGACGAUUGAUUCAGCAGUCUUUGAUUGUCAGUCCCACACAUGCUCUACGAACUCUAUGCUUCACCGAAUGUAUGAAUCCUUUUCAAAUCACCGUUCUAAGUCAAACCAUCACUCCAUCAAUUGA